AUGGCGUACCCUCCGGGCUUCCUGUUCCCGCCACCGCCGCCGCUGUCCUCGUGCCCCUCUGUGGUGCUGGGCUCGCGCGCCGGUCACGAGGGCUCGGCCUUCGCUCCGUACUCCGCUUCCGGGCCGCACGCGCCUUACGGAGCGGAACCGCGCGCCGCCUCCGCCAUCAGCUCCUUUCUGAGUCCUGGGUUCGAGUCUUCCACUGCUCUGGACUUCCACCCCUUUGCACCCUUGGGACCCUGUCACCCGUACGCUGAUCCCGCCUACAGGAAGAACGCCACGCGUGACGCCACAGCAACGCUCAAGGCCUGGCUGAACGAGCACCGCAAAAACCCUUACCCCACCAAAGGGGAGAAGAUCAUGCUCGCCAUCAUCACCAAAAUGACGCUGACGCAGGUGUCCACAUGGUUCGCCAACGCUCGCAGGAGGUUAAAGAAAGAGAACAAGAUGACCUGGACUCCCCGCAACCGAAGUGAAGACGAAGAGGAGCCGGAAGAGCUGGAGCCAGACCGACCUGAUGAGUACGAACAGGCACUGAGGCAGGACCACCACCAGGGGGAGACAGCUCCCGCCUCGUCUGGUCCCUGGCUGACCUCCGACCCCACCUCCUCCUCCUCGUCUUCCUCCUCCGACUGCACCCCCCACUGCAGCCCCGAGCCCCCGCACUCCCUACAAACACAGCAGCGCCCCCUCCCGCUCACCACAACCACGCCGCCUCCACCGCCUCCUCUACCGCCGCGCCUCUCCCCUCCCCCUCCCCGCCCGCCCCGGACCCCCCCGCCAAACCCAAGCUCUGGUCCUGGUCCCUGGCCGAGAUCGCCACGUCGUCGGACACCAAACCCGCCCAGGACCACCCCCGCCCCACCACCCCCACCCAAAGGACCUCAUACGCCCACGGGAGCGGCCUGA